CCUCAACAUUUUGUACAGGAUUGCUGAGGAUUCAGUAAUUUCUGGUGAAGGAUUGAGCAAAGAAGUUGUAAUAGGGUUGCAAAUAUGUAUGUAACUGUAGAUAAUGCUGCUAACAGGGGUGGAUCACCUACUAAUGAAAACUUGGAUUCUGGUGUUGUCAAAUUGGAUCAACUACCGUGUUGGAGUGAUGCCGAGUUUCGGGCUGAUUCUAAUGAGAAUGGGGAUCCAGCCUUCCCAAAUUUGUACUUUCCAGACCCAUUGGCACCUCCUCCAGGAUCAGAUAGUAGUGGAAAUGGAGGAAUGUCUAGAUUUCCUGUAGAUUAUGAUAUCAAUUCUAAGAUAUAUUUGUGGAGAGGACAUCCAUGGAACCUUGAAAUAGAUGCUGUUGUCAAUUCCACUAAUGAGAGCUUAGACGAGGCACAAAGUAGCCAAGGGUUGCAUGCUGCUGCAGGGCCUGGUCUUGCUGAUGAAUGUGCAACUCUGGGUGGUUGUCGAACAGGUAUGGCAAAAGUUACUAAAGCGUAUAACCUACCUACCAGGAGUGUUAUCCAUACUGUUGGUCCAAAGUAUGCAGUAAAGUAUCAUACUGCUGCAGAGAAUGCUUUGAGUCACUGCUACAGGUCUUGCCUUGAACUUCUUGUUGAAAAUGGUCUUCAAAGCAUUGCCAUGGGGUGUAUAUACACGGAGGCAAAAAAUUAUCCACGUGAACCAGCGGCACAUGUGGCAAUAAGAACUGUACGAAGGUUUAUUGAGAAACAGAAAGAUAAAAUAAAGGCUGUGGUGUUUUGUAACACAACACUGGUCGACACAGAGAUAUAUAAAAGGUUACUUCCUCUUUACUUUCCUCGGGAUAAACAUGAAGAAGAAAUUGCCAUAUCAAAGCUUCCUGCUGAUGUUGGGGAUGAAAACGGAGAGACUUUUAUUGUUGAGCGCAAGAUUAGAAUAAAUCCUUUGCCUAAUGCAAAAAAGAAUGGCGCAAAACCACUUCAAUCAUCUAUGGAUUUUCCUGCUAGUGAUCUUGGGUUGAUGAGGCGAGACUCGUCUUAUCUUGAGUCAUAUUUGGAUCCUGCUUUCAUGUCACUAAUGAAGGAUCCAGAUCAAAGACGAAAAGAGCAAUGGGAAAAAACUGCCCAAGCACAGAACAAAUGGAACGGUCCUAAAAUGCUUGGUUUUGGCGAUCUGGGUGGCCCUCUGUUGUCUUCUGCAGAAGAAUACUCGCUUCAUUCCCGAUAUAUUGCUAAAGCAAAUUCUCUCAACCUUUCUGAAAUUGCAGAAAUGAAAAUUGUAUAUCGUGGAGGUGUGGAUAGUGAAGGACGUCCAGUUAUGGUUAUAGUAGGAGCACAUUUUCUGCUGCGAUGUCUUGACCUAGAUAAAUUUGUUCUCUACGUGGUUAAGGAGUUUGAGCCGUUGAUUCAGAAGCCAUAUAGCCUUGUUUAUAUCCAUUCCUUAGCAUCUUUGCAAGCGCAACCUGACUUGGGAUGGAUGAGAAGAUUACAGCAAAUACUUGGAUCAAAGCACCAAAGAAAUCUUCAUGCUAUAUACAUUCUUCAUCCUACUUUUGGACUUAAAGCUGCAAUCAUGGGUUUGCAACUGUUAGUAGAUAACGUGGUGUGGAAAAAAGUGGUAUAUGUGGAUAGGCUUUUGCAGUUGUUCAACUAUGUUCCACGAGAGCAACUCACCAUUCCCGAUUUUGUUUUCCAGCACGAUUUGGAAGUGAACGGAGGAAAAGGCGUUAUUGUGGACCCUAGAACAAAGUACGUGUCUAUCAAAAAGAACAACAAUGACGACGAAGAAUAGAAGGUGAUUUUAUAUUUAUUUAUUUAUCCACUCCUCCAUUAAUUUUGUAUAUCAUUUAUCUGUGUCUGUUUUGUAAUGACCAGUAAUUAGUUGCUUAAAAACUAUCAUAUGGCUAGAACAGCAGUAUUAAUUUUUCAUUUUCAUUUUCUUUUGGGAGGUGACAGUAAUAAUAAUAAUAAUAAUAAACAUUUGCUCCCUUGUGUAA